AUGUCCGACUUCCUGGGCACGAAACUGACCAACCACGAUGUGAAUGAAGUCAGAAGGGAGUUUCGCAGAAAGAGGAAGUACAACCACUGCGAUGAGUACGACUUUUAUGUGUACUACAAAAAUUUGCUAGCGGAAGAAAGGAAGAAAAGGGAAAAGCGCGAAAGAAGUAAAAGGCGGAAGGAAAAAGAGCAGGCGGAAGGAGAGGAUCAAUUCAAGCCCAGCAAUUACAUAUCGAGCAGAUACAAGCGAAAUGAACAUGUAACAAAAAAAGGAAUUUAUGACUACAUCGAUGAGGAGGAUAGUAUUUAUGAAGACAUAAUCACAAGGGCGCACUUUGAUGAUAAAGCGAAUUAUGCAGAUGAUCUCCAGUUUAGCUUUUUCAACGAGAGUGUGUCCUACGCACUGUUGAGAAACAACAAUUAUAUUGAUGGUAUUCCCAUCGGUAUAGACAUGAAACUGGAAAACAAGUACAUAAAGGAAGAUGUAUCUAACGUUAGCAGAGUCAAUGAUGUUGAUAAACACGAUUGUGCCACAUCGAUAGGUCCUAGUACAUAUGUUACUUUCCCCCUUCGCACAUUGUCUAGCCUUGAUGAAAAGCCAAAACCACAGGUGCAGAAGAACGGUAGAAAGGAGUCCAGAAAAGAUGAUGUGUUCGAAGGAAACUCUCCCCAAAGGAGAAAACAGAUGGGUCCUAAGCUACCAACCAUUUUCGAAGAAAUUAGACAGAAAAUAGGAGAACAAACAAAUAUAAGGGAAAGAAACGAAAAUGAAUACAUAAACAUUUUAUCUUCCCGGAAUCGUCUCAUUUCCAUAAAAAUGGAAGAACAGAAGACGUUUGAAAAAUUAAUUAAAGAGAUUUAUAAGCCAAAAAAUAACUUCGAAGGGGUCUUUUAUAAAAAGAAGGAAAAUAGUAUUGACCAAAUGAAGAAGCGUGAAUUUAAUCGCCUCAGGAAGGAUUUCCUUCUACCACACAGAAAGGCAAUCCACGAUGAGGGGUCAAUAGAGGCGCGUACACAAAUCGAAAUAACGACGACUGGAAAGAAACAAACGCUUGGGCAAAUGGAUUAUGAAGACUAUUCUGAUAGCUCUCUAGAAAAUGCAUACACAAGUUCAGCACGGAGAAAUACAAAUAAGGGUUAUUAUGCCAUGGUUCUCGACAGGAAGAAUAGACAAAGCCAAGAGAGUUGCAUAAUUCCAUAUAAUACAUUCAGUAUGGAUGACAGCGGUGAGGAGGACGUGUUCCUUCUGUAUAACCCAUCACAGAAUCAAGCGGAAGAAGUGGUACUCCGGCGCUGUAAAUUUUAUCGCACACUUUUCAGGAGCAGAGACGUAGAGAGACCUGACAGUCGCGCCAUUACAGACGAGAUAGAAGAUCUAAACAUGAGGUACGAAAAGUUAAUUAACCCAAACGUAGAGACGAAGCUGAGCAAAAGCGAGUUACUCGAAUUGUAUGCGCCCAAGAAGAGCUGGGUACAAAGCGGCAGUUCCUUAACGCACGAUGGGAAGGAGACGGAAAACGAAAUCUACGUCUUGAAGAAUAAAAUAAAUUUUAACAACGACUUGAAGAAAAAAUAUAGGUUUUAUUUUUAUUGCAGAAUGAAGGAGGGAAAGAUGAAUAUGGACGGAAGCCUGAGCAGAUGUGUGAACAACAUUCUGAACGCAGCAGAGAGGGCAGAAUUUGAAGAAUUAAUGGGAAAACUAAAAGUUUACUACCUCGACUUUUACAACAGAGAAAUUGCAAAUGAAGAUGUAAGCACCAAUUUCCAGAUCCAGGAAUACGAAUUUGCGAAAGGCCUGUGCGAGAAACUAGGCAUUUCGGACCCUUCCUCGGGGGACCAAAGUGGCGCCCAAAAGAAAGAACGGUCCAUCUUGGACGAUUUUUUAAAAAUCCCACAGUUCGUUUUUGAUGCCAUUUUUUGCGCAUAA